AGAUCAUUUGUGCAGAUUGGCGUAUUAAUCUGAGGAACAACAAUCAACGUCCGACCCAUCCGUCCGUUCGCCAAGAGACCCUCAUAGCAGCAUAGUCACCUAGACUAAGAGGGAAUAUAGCAUGGAGGGUGAACGUGACUCCCCGGCUGGCACAUCGUCAGGAGUCUUGGAGAACGCAUGGAAGCAAUUUGGCCGCGACAACCCAGCUGGCAAGGCGCUCUUCAAGUUAUACAACAAGGAUGUCACGAAGCAGAUUGGGAACGCUUACCACAGCAAAAACAAGCAGGCGCACGACAAGAAGCUAGCGACGGGCUGGACGCCCCCGCCAGUGGCAGAACCGCCGAAGCCCAAACUGGAGCGGCCACAGGUGGAGGUGCCCAAGUUCCCCCUCAAGCGGAUAGAGUACGACAACCUGGGGGCGGCACGCGUCGACCUCAUCCCGCGGCGGCGCCCCCUGGAGGUGAUCCGGCGGGAAAUCGAUGCCGAGUACGAACGCAUGCGUGCCGCGCCCCAACCGCCACCCAACCGUCCGCUCCUGGACGAGCGUGAGAAGGCCCGGCUGGCUGAGCUGAUGCGCUUCCGCGGCAAGCUGCCCGCCAUCACGCCCGAGCAGCAGGCGGAGAUGAGCAAAGCAGUUCCCCGCAAGUCGCAGCGCCAGCAGCUGGAGGAGCUCUUCUCCGCCAUCAUGGGUGAGAUAGAGGAGCGGCGCCAGUUCCUGAGGGACCUGGAGGCGGCGGGCAGGCUGCCGCUGGAGACGGUGUACAUGAUUCGAUCCGAGAUCCAGGACCGAGUGACGGAGCUUCAGCGAGUAGAUGUGCUGCUGAAGCAGCAAGCAGGGGAGCUAUAGCGGAGCGAGCCGGACGUGUGGCACUGUAGCAUUUUGUAUGACCAGUAUUGUUGUACGACACGGCAUGGCGUUAGUUACACCCUGGUUACACGGCAGAUUUAGCUUGUGAUAAGCGGCAGAAUGGUGACUUUGGACUUAAGGAUGUGCUCAGUACAUGUAGCGUGCAAGAUAAAUUUUAGACACCGGUAGAAUGGUGCUCGGGGUGUACUGUGAGAGGGUUGUGAAGAGGACGUGUCAUGGUUGCUCUCCAUUCCGCAGAUUCCUAGGAUAGUGCUACUUGGCUAGUACGGUUCGUUAUCCAAAGGGCAGGGUAGACGUGGCUACAACGCGUAUUUAGGCAUCGCCUCCUCCUUAUUGAUAACACACCUAGCCCAAGGCUGUGCAGGCGUGUCAGCCACUGUGAUAAGCGGCUGUAACAAUAGGAGGCAGGGAACUGCCUCCUAUAGGGGGUGUUUAUGCGCGACUGCACCGGACCAUCGCAAGACCAAUGCUGGGCAACUGGUGGCCGGGACGGGACCGGUUGGCCCGGUUUUACAGGUGCUGUGUGGGUUGCGUGUCACGAGUGAUACGUAAUUGUCCAAACACUUGUUUUUGUUCUAGUACACAUGUGUAUAUACGUUGUCAUGUUUGUCUCGUCUUAUUUGUCUGCGAAGUGAAAAGCAGAUCACAAAAGCGGUGUGAGGGGAUGUACCGGUAUGCAUGGAUGUGGGUGUUGACAUGGGGGGCUUGAAGUUUUGCGGUUGCGCCUACUUGCCUAACCUGCCGUUACAGCGUUUCAAUCUAGCUGCAGGCCGUUUGCGGCAUACUCCAUGGCCUGCGACAAGCGGCCCAUGCGGCCCAGUGGGUCACCUGUUUCGUUUUUAGCAUACAAGACACGGAUAAGAUAAAAUCCACAAGCUGUAAUGUCUAGGUACGUCCAA